CCCUGGAUUGCUUCUGAUGGAGAUCCAGAGACAACAGAAGAUGGUGAUCAUCAAUGGUGGUGGUUCAUGCAGUGGUGAUGCUGGAUGUGUGAUAGGCUCUGGUGGGCAGGGCUGUAACCGCUGCACCAGAUGUGGGGCAACCCGGUCUGCCAAGGAUGUGGGGCACCACCCAUAACAGCUUCAGAAACGGCAGCAAUGCAGUCCCUCCGGUCCGAGUCAACUCUGCUCCGCCCUUGGACACUGUAUCCCUCCUCACGACAGACGAAGCCGCCUUCAGCCUUGACGAGGCCGUCACCAGGUGGUUAUUCCUCACCUCCUGGUGAGAGCUCAUCAUCCGAUCACGUCCCAAAUCAGGACUCGCAUUCACCCCAGCCGCAUGCUCCACCCCAAGCACAACAUCCAGAAUCUGAAUCAGCGAGCUCUGCCCGUUACUAUUCCCCCCUUAACUGCCUCCACUCCCCCUUCCCAUCCUUCCCUUUGUCAAAAAAACACGCCGCUCGGCAACUCGGCAGCAGCCAUAUUCUUUGCUGCCUGCUAAGAAGGGACGGAUGCUGUGGUAAAAGACUUGUGGGUCGCAGUGGUUGUCCAUGCGGUCUAGUAAGAGUCCUAGUUUUUGGAUGUAGGUUGUCAUUCCGUUUAGGGCGUUCGUUACCGCGCUGAGGGUAGAGGGUGAGGACUGGUCCAACUGAGAAGGGGAGGAGGAAAGGGUUUAUAAGGCGUCGAGCAUGAUCGGGAUGAGGUAGGCGCCCUAGGCUUCCAUGGCGGCUGAGACCGAGUAGAACCGGGACUCGUCGCCCGUGAAGGUGUGCAGGGCUUAGAGGGCGUCGAGGUCGGUUGGGUCGGUGGUGGGGGAGGCGGAGGAGAAUUCCAGAGGUUGAGGCUGGCGUAGGUUGCGACAGGGGGGAUGCCUAGGUGGUGGGAGAAUG